UGGAUGAACGAUGUAAUGGUGACAGGCAGUCAACGAGCCCUAGAGGAAGGAGAUUUUGUAGCACUCUCAAACGAGAACGCCACGCGGUCAGUCACAGAUCGUCUUGAGAGGAAAUGGAAAGAAGAAAUAACUAAUUCCACAAGAAAGGAGGAAAGGCCGAAGCUGUGGAAAAGUGUGAUGAAGACGCUUACCUUGGGGGAGCUUAGCUAUGUUGUUCCAUCAGGCAUCCUGUACGGCAUUGGCUCUCUCGUCACACCAUUGCUCAUUGGAUAUCUAAUUUUCAUGCUAAUGUCAACUGAAACGCAUAAGAAUCACAUCCUUCACGGUAGUGCGUUAGCAGCCGCCAUCGCUAUAAACACAUUGGUCGGCAGCAUCGCCAUGCAACAUCAGGCUUACGCGUGUGAAAUAUUGGGCAUCAGACUGAGUAACGCGAUAAAAGGUCUCGUUUACAGAAAGAUCUUAUCGCUCAGCAAGAGUAAAUUGGCAAAGUUUUCAGCAGGACAAGUGAUUGACCUCAUAUCAAAUGAUGUCCAACGGAUUGAGACAGCACCUGUUAAGUUUUUUUUUCUGUUUUCAGCCGCCCUUCAAAUCAUGGUAGCCACGUUUCUACUCGCGUAUCUGAUUGGCUGGCAGGCACUCAUGGGAGAGAUAUUUCUGUGUCUUCUUGUACCCUAUUACGUUGAGAUGUCCUCUGUCUACGCUGCACUGCGUCUGCGCGCAGCAGCGGAAGCUGAUCGACGAAUUUCUUUGACGAACCAAAUGGUUUCUGGGAUACGUGCUAUCAAAGCACGUGCGUGGGAGGAUGAUUUCAGAGGAAAAAUAAAACAUACACGAAAACGGGAAAUCAGCAUCAUCCGUAAGAAAAGUGCUAUUCUCUCGGGUUUGGCUGCCUUGACGUAUACUUCAAUACCAGUUCUGCUGUCUGUUAUUUCUCUGCUACUGACUGGUCAGCCUCUUACUCCUGUCAAUGCUUUUAUGCUCCUGAUGUUCAUGAACCUGUUAAGACAAAAUUUUUGCCUUACUAUUGGGUUUCAUGUGUUGGGAACAUAUGAAGCAUUUGUGUCAUUUGGCAGAAUAGAAGAUUUUCUUAAUAUUUCAGAAGAUUUAUCGUCGAUGUUGGGAAAUCAGUGUAUGGAAGACAAAUGUGGAGCGGUAGAGGAAAAGUUAAUUAAUUUACGGAACGAUUUUACAUUUAUGGGCGGCCAGUCGAAAAAAUCAAAAGAAGAACUUGGUACCGAUCAGAGGGUAAACUCUUCCGAGCCAGGAACUCUCUAUGUGUCCAGUUUAACGUUAAAGGAAAUGAAAAGGAAAAAUGAAUUUAUUCUUCAAGAUGUGGAAUUCUUUUCUCAAUCAGGAACCUUGACAGUCGUUACCGGGCCAGUAGGCUGCGGCAAGUCAACUCUUCUCUCAGCGAUCGCUGGCGAGAUGUCAGCCAUAAGUGGGACGAUACGUCGUCAUGGAACUUUUGUGUAUGCGCCACAAGUAGCCUGGGUGUUUUCUGGAACCUUAAGGGAAAACAUUAUAUUUGGGGCGCCGUACGAUAAACCAAGGUAUACCAAAGUACUCGAGGCAUGCGCCCUCUCGGAGGACUUUCGGCAGUUUCCGAACGGUGACGAAACCGUUGUUGGUGAGCGCGGUGCCGUUCUUAGUGGUGGUCAGCGUGCAAGAGUAAAUUUAGCACGCGCAGUGUACCUGGAUACAGACCUUUACUUGCUGGAUGACCCGCUUAGUUGUGUGGACUUCAAAGUUGGUCAGCAUAUCUUUGAAGAGUGUAUCAAGGGUAUGCUUGGUGAAAAGACCCGACUGUUAACUUCUCAUCAAGAAAAACACAUGAAAGAUGCUGAUCAAGUGAUUAUACUACACAAAGGUCGCGUAUUGGGGAAGGGGACCUUCGCGGAACUUCAUGUUAAAGGCAUUUUAAAUACCACCAUCGAACCACUUUACACGAAAAUUCUGACAGAGAAUAAGUCCAACAACUCCGCAAGGGAGAACGAAGAAAAACGCAGCGAUAAGAUGCCACUUGCUACUGAUAGCAGUGGUCUCGAAAUAUCUGUUGAAGAUCGUGCAAUCGGAACGGUGUCAAGCAAGCUCUACUGGGACUACUUCAGAAGUGGUAUCCACUCCUUCUUGGUCAUUGGGUUUAUUUUUCUGUGUCUCUUUACCCAGGCAUUGUUGGUUGCCCCUGAUGUUUGGUUGUCCUUUUUGACCUGGAAACUUCCAAUAGAACAGAGAGACAAGACAAAUCUAACCAUUUAUGGGUUUUUCGUCGCGACCUCUUUCAUGUUCGGCAUCAUCAGAGCCUACAUUUUCUUUUUGGUCUGUCUCAGAUGCUCUGAGCGUCUUCAUGACAAAAUGGUUGUGGCUCUUUUACAAGCACCUGUUCUAUUCUUUGACUCAAAUCCUGUGGGUAGAAUCCUGAAUCGCUUCUCUAAAGACGUGGGUUACAUGGACGAAUUAUUACCGCUAGACUUUCUACUUUCAAUAGAGUUGGUGUUGCUGUUUCUCUCAUCUGUUAUCGUGCCUUCUGUUACGAAUACUUGGCUGUUGUUCGUCACUAUUCCAGUGACGCUAACAGUUCUUUACUUCGCAAGAUUCUACUUGAAAAGUUCCAGGGAACUGAAAAGGUUGGAGUCAGUAUGUCGAAGCCCAGUGUUCUCCCACAUAACAGAGACUCUUGAGGGGCUGGACACGAUUCGAACAAGAGGAAGACAGUCAGACUUUAUUGAGAAGUUUUACAGCUACCAAGACACUCAUGGCCAGUCUUUUAUCAUGGUGAUGGCGAGUGGCAGAUGGUUCGGUGUCCGCCUGGAUGCGAUCAUUUCUCUGUUCAUCGGUUUAGUGAGUUUGGUGGCAGUUUUGAUAUCUCAAGAUGCUGUUUCUGCUGGACUUGCUCUUGCUUACGUCAUUCAAACAGUGGCUCUGACGCAAUACGCUGUCAGAAAAUCAUCAGAUGUCGAGAAUUUUAUGACGUCAGUUGAACGAGUUAUGGCCUACACCAAACUUGACUCAGAGCCUGGAUACAAAGUGGACAGAAUUCCCCCCGAACUAUGGCCUCGCGAAGGAAAUAUCAUAUUCCGCAAUGUGUCGUUAACUUAUUACCCGGAGGGUCCUCAAGCACUGAAAAGCAUCGAUCUUGACAUCAAAGGAGGCUCAAAGAUUGGUGUUGCAGGACGCACGGGCGCGGGGAAAUCAUCUUUUGCAGCAGCUCUAUUGCGCAUGCCCGAUCCUGACGGAGAGAUUCUGGUGGAUGGAGUGAAGAUAAAGAAUAUCAGUCUCCAAGCAUUUCGAGGAUGUAUCUCCACCCUUGGCCAAAUUCCGCUGCUUUUCAGUGGAUCGUUGCGGAGAAAUCUGGAUAUUGUGCAGCGCUUCCAAGAUGCGGAUCUGUGGCAAGUUUUAGAGGAUGUGCAGCUGAAAGGUUUCGUGGAAAGUCUUGAGGGACAAUUGGAUUACGAAUUGUCGGAAAAUGGUGCAAAUGUCAGUGUAGGAGAACGGCAGUUGAUUUGUUUGGCUCGUGUGCUGUUGCAGAAGAACAAGAUCAUCAUCUUGGAUGAACCCACUGCACACGUGGAUCCAGGGACAGAAGAAACAAUCUGGAGAGUGGUGCGAGAGAAACUGAAAGACUGCACAGUAAUAACUAUAGCUCACCGUCUGAACACCAUCCGACACUGUGACAAGGUUCUUGUUUUCAAGGAGGGAGGGGUGGUGGAGUCCGGAACGUUAGACGCGUGAAGACUGGAGCACAGCUGUCAAACACUGCACAUGCACGAGAGUUUGAAAACAAAAAGAGGGAUUUCGGAACGUGUGUUUAGCGUAAAGUAAGGAAAAGAAGAAAGAAUUCCUAGCUAUUCCAAUACGUGAGACAAAUGAAAAAGGAUUUUGGAGAAAGAUUAAGUAUUGGCUUCAUUUUAUUGUGAGAUAUACCAACUGUUUUUAACGUGGACUCUUCGUUUCGGAACCUUUUUUCUACCCUUGCUACUCAGUUUACUUUCCACUGUAAACAUAGACCUGUGAUCGUUACAAAUAUUUCGUAUGGCUCUGGUUCUUCCUUUUUUCACACAUUUCCCUCGUUAUUGACCUGCAACUCCGCUAUGAACACAACAAAAAAUAACUACAGCCAGCACGGCCAAGUUUACGGACGUCUUCAUCAGGCCACCGUGCAAAGUGUAAAAAAAAAGUACGAGUAUGUAAACUAACACAUAGUGGGUAAAGUCCAGAACAACAAUGCGUAUAAGUCUUGGUCUUAGAAACUUCGAGCUUUCCUUAGAAAUUGCGAAAAACUACGUCUUAUGUGAUUUCUCCAUUUUCACAAGGGCAGAGUAUCCAUCAUAGUGCACAGGUGCAAUCAUUUGACCGCUGUGUUGAAGACUGAGGUGUUUUUACGUCUCCUAGAUAGUCGUGAUAUGUACCUUGUGUUUUUGUUGUUUGGUGUCGUUGAAUCAACUCCAAAGUAAUCAGUCAGGCCAGAUACGUAGCUGCUUGAGCAUUAUUUUUCUUUGUCCUAUGCUCGUGACAAGACGAAAAACACCUUUCUCUAUUUCCGGCUUAACCGAAACUUACGAUCUUUCUUAUUCCAUUUACAAACAUGACGAUAUAUCGACAUCGCUGGCCCUAGCAUUAUGAAGGACGCGUAAAAUACAUAAAC